CAAAUCUUCUUCAGUUUAAGUACAACCUGGAGCGCAGGAACUUUAUAACUCUGAAUUACUGCAGCGCUGACGGGCUGGAAAGAAGACCAACACUGAGGAAAACCAGGCACAUGCCAUUGCUAUAAAUAACUGCCCAUAAGACAGUGCGCGAUGGCUCCGUCACUCUCACAGGCCUACAGGAGGCGCUGGUGGAUGGCAGUCACCUCCAUCAUAGAAAACCUGCUCUUCUCUGCUGUAUUGUUGGGAUGGGGUUCACUACUAAUCAUGCUGAAGAACGAGGGCUUCUACUCACACCUCUGUACAGAAAAUGUCACAGAGGGUCACAGUAACGUGAGUUUGACGGAGCAGACCGUUUGGCUGAGCUGCAUUGAGCAAGAGGAGAUUCUCAAUCUGGGCUUCACCAUUGGUUCCUUCAUCAUCAGCGCAGCCACUCUGCCGCUAGGAGUCUUGAUGGACAAGUUCGGUCCUCGUCCAAUCAGACUGUUUGGCAGCUCAUGUUUUGCGCUCUCUAUGGUUUUGAUUGCUGUAGCAUCUUAUAAUCCAAAAGUGUUAUCAGCUCUCAUAUUCAUUGCUGUCUCUAUGAAUGGGUUUGGAGGAAUCUGUCUAACCUUCACUUCACUAACAUUGCCGAAUAUGUUUGGAAACGUGCGGUCCACCAUUCUUUCGCUCAUGAUCGGCUCGUAUGCCUCCUCCGCGGUCACCUUUCCUGGAGUCAAGCUGAUCUAUGAUGUCGGCGUGUCGUUCUCUGUGAUCUUCUGGCUUUGGGCCGGGUUUGCCUGCCUCGUCUUCCUCAACUGCUUUCUAAACUGGCCUGGAGAAUCUUUUCCUGCUCCAGAGGACAUCAGAUACAUUGCUAUGGGGAAGUUAAGAGGGAAAGAGCUGGACCAAAAGAUGACCGACACUAAUGUGGUACUGAGAGAGCAAGAGGAGCCCAAAAAACUGCCUUCCAGUAAUGAAGCUCCCAGUGAUGGAGCAGAAGCACAGAGCUCUCCUCCCUUUCGUCGAUCCGUCUGCUCUCCUAUCUUCCUGUGGAGCAUCAUCACCAUGGCGAUGACUCAGCUCCGGAUCAUUUUUUUCAUGGGUGCCAUGAACAAGAUGUUGGAGUUCCUGGUGACCCACGGGGACCCGAACCCCUCUGAGGUGUUGGUGAAGGAGUCAGAAGAGCAAGUGAGCCUGUACUCGUCCAUCUUCGGCACUCUUCAGCUGCUCUGCCUGCUGUCAUGUCCUCUGAUCGGAUACAUCAUGGACUGGAGGAUGAAGGAGUGUGAAGACGACGUCAGUUCAGCAGAUGGAGAAAAGAGUCCAUCUAGGCCUCCAAAGAGGGACAGAAAGAUCCAGAAACUGACCAACGCCAUCAGAGCUUUCAUCUUUACUAACAUGCUGCUAGUCACCUUCGGCAUCCUUUCCCUCAUAGACAAUCUACCCAUACAGGUGGUGUCGUUCAUUCUUCACACUGCAGUUCGGGGUUUCAUUCACUCCUGCUGCGGUGGCCUUUAUGCUGCUGUGUACCCAACCAAUCACUUUGGCACUCUUACGGGUCUGCAGUCCAUGAUCAGUGCUGUGUUUGCCCUCCUCCAACAACCACUUUUCAUGUUGAUGUUGGGACCAUUAAAGGGAGAUCCUUACUGGAUCAACUUGGGCCUGCUUCUGUUCUCAUUGGUUGGAUUCCUGCUGCCAGGAUACCUUUUCUAUCAUCGCAGACAUCUAAUACAAGAAAAAGCAGCACGCGACGGUCAGUCUCUGAGCCUCAACCAAACCAAUGAUUCCUCAAAACAUCAGGGGACCAACGGGGACAUCUGAGGUGGAACAUUUAUGAGUGUGAUGUAUGUGAAUUAUGGAUUUAUAGAUUUAUGACAUAGAUUUAUGACAGUUCCAUAUGGAAAUAUAGCAUUCCUGUUCAGCCACCACAGAGAAAAAGUGUAAAAACAAAACAAAACAGCGAACAUGCAAUUCAAAUCAUUCAAGGCUGUGUGACUGGACAGGAUGUAUUUUCAAGGCUUUUGUUGGUGCACCAAACCCUAUGCUUUACGAUACACCUCCUGACAAAAGUCUUGUCGUCAAUCCCAGUAGAAAGAGCAACAAAUAAUAAUUUGACUUCUAGUUAAAGUGGCAGAAGGUACAUUUUUCUAAUGAAUCAUUUGUUGAACUGCAUCCCAAUCAUCACAAAUACAGCAGAAGACCUAUUUGAACCCGCAUGGACCCAAGAUUCAGACAUGUUUGGUGAAGGAAAAAUCAUGGUAUGGGGUUACAUUCAGUAUGGGGGCGUGCGAGCGAUCUGCAGAGUGGAUGGCAAUAUCAACAGUCUGAGGUAUCAAGACAUUUGUGCUGCCCAUUACAUUACAAACCACAAGAGAGGGCAAAUUCUUCAGCAGGAUAGCGCUCCUUCUCAUACUUCAGCCUCCAGCAUCAAAGUUCCUGAAAGCAAAUAAGGUCAAGAUGCUCCAGGAUUGGCCAGCCUAGUCACCAGACAUAAACAUUAUUGAGCAUGUCUGAGGUAAGAUGGAGGAGGCAUUGAAGAUGAAUUCAAAGAAUCUGGAUGAACUCUGGGAGUCCUGCAAGUAAGCUUUCAUUGCCAUUCCAGAUGACUUUAUUAAUCAGUGAUUUGAGUCAUUGCAGAGAUGUAUGGAUGCAGUCCUCCAAGUUUAUGGGAGUUAUACACAAUAUUCAUAAUUUUUCCACUGCACCAUGACUUUAUAUUCUAUACUGGACAUUAUUUCUGUUAAGUGAAAAGACUUUUAAGCAAAGUCAGACCUUACUGACCUAAUUAAAUAAAUAAAAAUCAAAGAAUGAUCAUAUUUUAUUUUGGUAAAACAAGUGUAAUCUAGAGGCCUUUGCCUUUCAUAUAAGCCACUUCUGAUGCCAAAUGAUCAACUAGAAGUCAAGAUAUUUUUUGUUGUUCCUAAAAUUUGGAUAGACGACAAGACUUUUGUCAGGUAGAGUCAUUUGGAUGUGGAAACAGCAUUUUUUUCAUUAUUGUUGAAUUAACAAUUUGAAAUGUAAUGAUAGGAAAAUAGGUAGCGGUUAAAAAAAAGAAUCACAAAACUUUCUUCAAGAACAACCUACGAGGCGGGAAGCGUUUUGUGAAGGUCAGUAUGAAAUCAAAAUCAGCUCUACGUUCAGUUUAUAGUAUUAUUGCACAUCUUUCAUCAGUGCAUUUUAUUAUACCAAAGACGUUUGUGUUCAUAAGUCCAAAAACAAUUGGCUGAAAACGUAUAUUUUACCAUGAAUCGUUCAUCAUUAUGUAUGUGCGGGUCACAGACAUACUCAAAUUCUCUAAUAUGAAUAGUCCCAAUAUGAACAUUUUUAAAUGUUUGUUAUUUCGUGGCAAGCAGGGAAUGUAAUGUUUCCAUCAGGGCUCAGGGCAGGUAAAUGUAUCGCCACAUUACCUUCACAUGUAUCAACCUGUGGUCUUUCCUUUGUAUGUUUUUAAUAGUGGUUUUGCAAUUCCUCGCUCAAACCAAACGGACAAUCAGCUUUGUAGGACCAUUUGGUAAAUACAGAUUUUUGCACUGUAUUCCUUGUUUCAGAAAUACUGUUCUGUAUGUUACAGGACUAUAAUCAUGAUCUCAACCUUUUUAAUGAUUGUAGUGAUUUUUCAACACAACGGUGCUUUGCAUUCUGUGCUUGAUUCUGUAAAUAUGCCUGAAAGAGAAAUGUAAUAAAUCAAAAGAUUUUGUCACA